CUGUAGUUCGCUUCGCUCGCAACGCUUUCUGUCUUUCUGACUCUGAGUGUCGUUCAUGGUUAUUAUCAUCAUCACAGUUAAAAUAAGAAUAUUAGGCCAUUUUAUCAUGCGCGUAUGAAAUAAAAUUGUUUAUUUCAGUGAUUAGUGAUAUUUCAAUAGUGAUAAUAAAAGUACCAUGAAUUUAGUUCUUCGAUUAUCAUAGAAAUCAAGUGCCAACUGUUUUGUGCUUCAGAACUUCAAUACUUUAUAGAUUCAAUGAAUAAUAACAUGAGUUCCCAACAAAGCCCUGCAAACAUGCAAGCCGUCGUGGAUAGGGAAAAAAUAUACACGUGGAUAUUAGAACUAUGCAAUCCCGAAACGCGAGAGAACGCUCUUUUAGAGCUUAGCAAAAAGCGUGAGGUUGUACCUGACUUAGCGCCUAUGUUAUGGCAUAGUUUUGGAACUAUCGCCGCUUUGUUACAAGAAAUAACCAAUAUUUAUGUGGCGAUGAUACCCCCGACGCUAACUGCCCACCAAAGCAACCGCGUGUGCAACGCUUUAGCAUUGAUGCAAUGCGUAGCAUCUCAUCCUGAAACAAGGUCUGCAUUUCUUCAAGCACAUGUACCUUUAUUUCUUUAUCCAUUUCUGCAUACAGUGUCUAAAACUAGACCAUUUGAAUAUUUGCGAUUGACAAGUUUGGGAGUGAUUGGAGCAUUGGUCAAAACUGAUGAGCAAGAAGUGAUCACUUUUCUCUUGACUACUGAAAUUAUACCUUUAUGCCUCCGUAUAAUGGAAAAUGGAUCUGAACUAUCAAAAACUGUUGCUACAUUUAUUUUGCAGAAGAUACUACUUGAUGACAGUGGUUUAUGUUACAUUUGUCAAACAUACGAUAGGUUUUCACAUGUAGCCAUGAUCUUGGGUAAAAUGGUACUUUCUCUCGCCAAAGAUCCAUCAGCACGGCUUUUAAAACAUGUAGUCAGAUGUUAUUUACGCUUAUCUGACAACCCUAGAGCAAGAGAAGCCCUGAGACAGUGCCUUCCGGAUCAACUCCGUGAUGCAACAUUUACUGCAUGCCUACAAGAGGAUAAUUCAACAAAGCAUUGGUUGGCACAACUGAUCAAGAACCUGGAAGCCCAGCCUCCACCUGCAAGUCCAGCCCAACAGAACAUGUGAGCUCCGGUUAUAUGGGGCUACUACUACUGCACCGGGUUGUAGUGUAGUCAAUAUAAUUAAAACUGUUUGAUACAGGACUCUUAAAAUACUAUUGGUAUAAACACUGCAGUUCCCGGAAGUUCAUAGUAUAAUUGCAAAUAUUUUUAUACAUACAUAUGUUACAACUUAUAUCUAUAGUUUUGCUAACACCAUAUAGAGCACAAAAUAUUGAGGCAUGUAGCCUAUACUGUAUCAUAUAUAUUGUUUGCAUGCUGACCAUUAUAAUAUUGUAUAAAGUGUUUUAACUGUUAAGAACAUUAAAAUAACACAUUUCCAUGUAUCUCUGCUCCAUAACAUUCAGGUUUAUAGCUAUAAUUAUCUUAAAUUUAGAAUAGGUUUAUAUUAAUAGGUAAAUAUUGUGAAUUGUUCUAAUAAGUCCUUUAAUUCAGAUUGUUAUUAGCCUAAUAGUUAAAUUAGAAAUGUCACAAGAGUAUAACCCAAAGUGCUCAUUGAUCUAUGUUACUGGUUGCUAGUUACUUUUGUCAGUCUUCUAUUAGACAUUAAGAAUCUUUGUUGAUUCAACAUGUUUAAUUGUCCAGCAAAUAUACAAUAAAAUAUUUGAAUAGUUUUUAUCACAAACUUGUUGUAAAUUGUUCAAUAUAUGUUGAUGCUGGGCUAUUAUUAUGAAUAUCUCUUCCAAAAUAUAGGAAAAUAAUCUAGCGAAAUAAUUAUUUUUAUAUCCAUUAAAAUCUGAACUCUGUGGUGUUAAGGUAUAGCAGAAUUAAUUAUGUAUAGCAUAGUUUAUGGCAUGCUCCAAUCUGGUGUUUAUAAUGCAAUUCUUAUCAGUGUUCGACAUUGGGUAGAUGACUUGGUCAAAGAUACAUAAUAUAAAUAGCCUAUAUGCCUCCCACUGCUGGGCAAAGGCAUCUCAUCAUUAUAAUAUGCUAAUCUUGAAAUAGAAGCCAGUUUAAGAAGAUCAAAAAGCAAUAAUUUUUUUUAACUUAUACUUAUUAUGAAUCAAUAAUUUAAUCAAUAAUUUGAAGAAUAAUUGAAUGAAUAAUAAAAUUAUAAUUACAUAACAAUGAGCAUUACUAUUUGAACAUAUUUAUUGAUGAUGUCACAACUAAGUAUUCCAUACAAAUUCCAUAUCAUUAAAAUUUUCGUUUUAUAAAAAGUAUUUCAUUUGACUGGGUUGUCUGUCAUCUAGCCUAUUAUAGUAUUGCUUAAUAAUUAUAAAAUAUUUAUGCUAGUUUUCAGGUAAUGUUACAUCUCAGGAUUGUUUUAUGUAUUGUUAGGGUUUCAUCUUGAUUUGGCUUCAAUGUCUCAAUAAUUGAAUUUGAUUUGAUACUAACGUAGCUUAAGUCUUAACUACUAACUAACACAUUUAUAACCAUACAUGAAAGUCUGAAUUAAAUAUGUCUUUUUUUUAUGUUAUAAUCAGUUUUUAUGUAAAUUUUUCAUCCUAACUAAAUUAUCUGACCGAUUCUGGCGUUUAAAACUUUAUUUUAGUCUGACAGCUUAUAAAAUAAUGCUAUCCUUCACUUACGACAAGAGCAAACCCGAAAUAGAGAUCUAGUUUUAUUAACUGUCAAACUGAAUUAAAAGUAAUUUGGUGUGCCAAGAAUCGGCACAGUUCUUUGCUAUAAUUUGAUUAAGCUAAAUUAUUUAUAAACUUACUUUUUUAAGUAACUAAGUACUUACCUAUCUAGAGAAAGAUGUUAAAGAAACCAAUGAAAGUUGUGAUUUUGUUUAGUUAUCAAGAUAAUAAUUAUCCAGUUGUCAUUUCAUGAAGCUCAUCUGUCAACUGCCAUUGGAAAGUAUCCCAAGUAAUAAUGAUCCUAAAACCUGGAAAACCUAUCCAUGAGGUCACUUCAUACAGACCAGUCAGCCUUCUGCCAACAAUGUCAAAGUUAUUGGAGAAGUCUCUACUACACAGGAUGCUAAGUCAUGAAAGAAAAAUAUCAACCCGGAUCACCAAUUCGGCUUUCGGCAGGAACAUGCCACCAUAGAACAGGUCUACAGAGUAUGUAGGACAAUUAGAACAACCUUUGAGAAAAAAGAAUCCUGCUCAUCUUCUUGCCUCGACAUACAACAAGCCUUUAAUCGUGUCUGGCACAAAGGCUUGAUGUUUACAAUAAAAUCAUUACUACCACAUACAUUCUAUGGAGUCUUGAAAUCUUAUAUAAUUAAUAGAUAUUUCAAGUAAUAGAGGAGAACAAUACAUCGGGCUUUCACGGAAUAUAUACUGGGGUACCACAGGGUUCUGUUCUUGGACCUGUCCUGUACACAUUGUAUACUAGUGAUCUACCACAGACCCCAAUCAUGACAAUGGGACAUUCGCUGAUGACACAGCCAUACUCGCUUCAAACAAAUGUCCAACCCAGGUCUCUCGAAUCCUACAAAACAGCCUUAACAAAUUAGAAGAUUGGAUGGCUAAGUGGAGAAUCGCAGCCAGUGUGUCUACAUCGGUACAUGUAACAUUUACUCUUUGUAGGGGGAUUAUAGGGAGGAUUGCGCACCUGUUAUUUUAAACGGCAAAAUUCGGUAAAGUACCUACGCAUGCACCUAGACCGCAGACUUACAUGGAGAAAAGUAAACACGUCCAAACAAAACGAGACGAAAUUAACCCAAAGGGUCUAUAUUAUCUAUAUUACAAGGGUCUAUAUUGGCUGCUGGGUCGAAACUUUAAAGUAACUACAGACAAGUUACUAGUUUACACAGCGAUUCUAAAACCGAUUUGGACAUAGAACACCAUGGUUCAUCAAAUCAACAGAAGUGCACGAAAUUAAAUGUACCGAUGGUCAAAGAAGAAAUAAGCAAUCGUGGAACCCAGUACAAAAAAAGAUUACAAAUGCAUCAAAAUCAGAUUGCGGGGCAACGUACUAAGUAUUCCAGAAAUCACACGCCGUCUAAAUAAGUAACGAGACAUUUUCGAUAAGUACAGUCAGGCCGAAUGACUACUUCAAAGAAAAGACUGACUUCGCUGGGAGUAGCGUCCUCCAUGCCAUAUAAACCCAACUCAUCUGCUUAUAGUCAAAUGAGACAGACAAAAAAAGUUGUUGUGAUAAUUUGAACCCUGAUUUACAUGCUUCAUAUAUUUUAAAGAACCAUGGUAGUCUAGCAAUUAUUACAUGGUUUGGUCUCAAUAAACUGUUAUUAUUAUGUAAAAUAAAACUAGAUUAGAUGAUAACAGCAUUUCAUAUCCUGACAUGGUUGACUGGUUACGAAAUAAACAAUUUAAUAAUUUUGCAAA